CAACCCUGUAUUUAUGCCACAGAAGAUUCCCUUUAAGAUUCCUGUGCAGAUGCCUGUUCAAGAUCCUGUGGGUGUUCAGUCCAAACAACUGUUACAAGGUCCAGUUGCAAAACUUGCAUGGACCUUUCCAGUGCUACCACAGGAACUGGAACAGCCAGAUAUUCCUUUUCAGUUGCGGCAUCCUGUCCCUGCCAACAGUGUAGCAGCUCAUUGUGGAGAGAAUUCAAUCUAUGUGGAAGUGAAGGAGGACUUCUUUGGGACAGGGCAGCUACUAAUGGCCUCUGCUUUUACUCUGGGAGGAUGUACAGCAGUAGGGGAGGACAAUACUGCCCAAGUGCUUAUCUUUGAAUCUGAACUACAUGGAUGUGGCAGCAUACCAACAAUGACUGAAAAUGAGCUUGUCUAUAUGUUCUCUCUAAUCUAUACACCACAAGAGGCUUUACAUGGUUCUUCUAUUGUUAGAAGUAGUGCUGCACUGGUUGGUAUUGAGUGCCAUUAUCCAAGAAUGCAAAAUGUGAGCAGCAACGCCCUGAUGCCCAGUUGGAUGCCAUAUGCCACUACUAGGGUUGCAGAGGAUAUUCUGGUCUUCUCUCUCAGGCUUAUGACUGAGGACUGGAGAUUCGAGAGGCCUUCUAACCAGUAUUUCCUGGGUGACUUCAUAAAUAUUGAAGCCUCUGUGAUGUCCUACAACCAUGUUCCUGUCCGUGUGUUUGUGGACAGCUGUCUAGCUACUACAUCCCCUGACAUAAAUACAACUCCCAGCUACACCUUUAUUGAGAAUAAUGGAUGCCUAGUUGAUGCUAAGAUUACAGGCUCCAGCUCUCGCUUCAUGCCCCGGAUGCGAGGUGACAAACUGCAAUUUCAGUUGGAGGCAUUCAGGUUCCAGCAACUGAACAGUGGUUUGGUCUACAUCACAUGCAUUUUGAAGGUGGCUGCAGCAUUCAACCCAACAAAUCCUGAGCAGAAGGCUUGUUCAUUUUCUGCUUAUGGGUGGGUGUCUGCAGAUGAAUCUGACCAGGUGUGUGGUUGCUGUGAUGCAAACUGUAGCAUCAGGACUGGAAGUGAUCAGCCUGUUAAUGAUCUACAGUGGCAGAAAGCAACUGUUGGGCCUGUCAAUGUUAAGGAUCGUGGCUUUGGCCAAAUGUAA